AUGUUGACUAUCCUUCUGAAGCGGGAUGGCCCGCGGGAUUUGUUCCCAGUAGCCAUCCAUACGGUCGACGGCCACACUGACUAUGUUGCAAAUCCUGACGCUGAUUGUGACCGCCAAGAUCGUCUGUGGAGUAUGGCCCAGAGCUCAGAAGAACUGCAGGAAUACAGGAAUCGGACCGAAGUCGCUUCUCUGCUUGCAAAUUUGACUGUCUACUGCGGUCAAACAGUGGAUUUCGACAAUUUCUGGAUAAUACGAGAUGCUCUGCUGAUUGAGGCGAGUUGUGUUCGUAAAACUCUGGACUCAUUCGAAGAAUUCCGCCAGAUCCAUGCGAACGACAUGUUGCGGCAGGUAAACCCGUGGUUCAGCGAUGAGCUUUUCAAGCAAAUGACUGUUGUCCAUGACAAAAUCCACGAAUAUCAAAAUGGUGUAUUCGGUGAGCUCAGUAAAUUCCAUGAGAGCCAAUAA